AUGGUCGUUCUCAAUCCUAAUAACUGGCACUGGGUUGACAAAAAUACACUUCCAUGGACUGAAUCCUACCUACAGAACUUGCCUGCAAGCAUUUCAUCCGUGGUUGCACCCAAUGGAUCGUACACGGUGCGGCUCGUGAAACUGGAAUCGUUGACAGGCGAUUCACACGUUUCCCAACGCAAGGGCAAGGUAAUCUGCUACUUUGAUCUCAACGUCCAGUUCGUAUCUCAGGUGCUCGAAACGGAAGCGGAAACAGUAGUUUGUGAAGGCAAAAUUCUGGUUCCCGAACUUGUGCACGACGAAACGGAUUUCGAAAUUCGACCAGAGGGUUUUGGAGAACACUAUGGGCUGAUCACGGAACAGCUGCUCCCAAGUCUCCGUGCUGCACUUUGCAAAUAUCAAGCAGACCUUAUUGAGCAACAUUCUCAGGAUGUACAACAGUCGUGA